AUGGUUGAGGAUGCCUUAUGCCCUAUCUAUGUCAGAGAAGUUGAAACAGUGGGUCAUGCUAUAUGGAGCUGUGGUGCUACAAGUGAUGUGUGGGCUGAGGGGAAGAGUCUUGCCCAGAAGUGGUGUUGUAAUGAGGAGGAAUUUUGUGUAACAUGGAGCAGAAUGGUGCAGCAGUUAAAUCAAAGGGAUAUUGAACUGGUUGCUGUCACAAUGAGGUACAUAUGGUUACGAAGGAACAAGGUGGUCUUUAAAGAACAAUUCACAGGACCAAAAAGAGUUUUAAGCAAGGCCAUGGAAGACAUUGAAGUAUACAGAGAAGCUCAGGAAAUCAGUUGUGGACAGAGAAGAUCAAGUGGAGUAAUGGGAAAUAGAGAGGUGAGAUGGAAGAAGCCUGGAGUUGAUGAAGUUAAAGUGAAUUGGGAUGCGGCUUUCAACCUGAAGACUAUGAAGAUGGGAGCUGGCAUAGUAAUAAGGGAUGAGGAAGGAGAGGUACUUGUUUCUCUCAGGAUGCCAAAAGGAAAUGUCUGUAGUCCAAUAGUUGCAGAGGUUCAUGCUUUGUGGUGA